AUGGAUGUUUCUUCCACUUCCAAUGAUGAAAUAACCCUCUUGUGCACUUGGGCCCUGACUGUCACUCAUGUGGCAUGUGAAUAUACCAAACAGAAAUUCAAUGCAGAGAAGACAGGAGGAGACCCAGUUAUACCUUCUCCGAACCUAGACACUGAUCUGGUGAUGGCUUGUGAUCGAUUGGUUGAUCGGCUCAUAAAGGCAUAUAAAAAUCCCAUUCAGAUGCCGAUCGAUAUUGCAAGAUAUAGCAAAUUGAUCUCCCCGAAGGACACAGGGCAUAAUGAAGAGAGAGUGGUGAGGUUGCUCGAGAGGUGUCCUCCUGGCCAUGAGGGCACAAAGUUGAUCGACAUACCUGCGACAAUUCUUGAUGCAUCCGGUGCCAUCAUCGCAUGGUACCUCCCGGACGCCCUGACCGAUGCCACCCAGAAGGAAAUUUGGGCGGCCUUGGAUUUGCUCGCUCCGAUACUCAAAAAAAGUGUAAAGCUUGAUGGGAAUUGGCAUGCAUUAAUUUAUCUCCGGCAUGGUUUCAGCAGGGGCACGAGGUCUGCAUCAUUGAAUGGAGCAUCCUCAGAGGAUAUCCUGAAGGCCAUUGCAAGGUCAGCAGCCAUUGCAACAGCGGCACUCAGGGUUAUGCAUCCUGAGCAGUACUAG